AUGCUGGGGUUUGACGGAGCUUUAGACGCAAUUGGAUCUGCUAGGUUUGGUCAGGGAUCUGGUCGUAUUUUCCUCGAUAGGAUCAACUGUGAUGGAAAUGAAGACAGCCUUGGAGACUGCGCUCAUGGAAGGAUUGAACAUUUUUCAUGCAGUCAUACAAGUGAUGCAGGGUCAAUUUGCUACUCAGGAACCCAUCCGAAUCCAUUUCAAGUUCGCCUGGUUGGUGGACCUAACGAUGCUGCAGGGAGAUUAGAGGUCAGGCACGAUGUAUCCUGGGGUACUGUCUGUGACGAUUAUUGGGAUCUGAGAGACGCGAGGGUUGUUUGCAGAAUGCUGGGGUUUGAUGGAGCCUUGGACGCACCAAGAUUUGCUAGGUUUGGUCAGGGCUCAGGGUAUAUUCUUCUGGAUGAUGUUUCGUGUUCGGGUACAGAAGAAAACCUAGCAGAAUGUCCAUAUAGAGGGAUUGGAGUUCAUGACUGUGGACACAGCGAAGAUGCAGGCGCCAUUUGUUACUUAGGAACCCAUCCGAAUCAAUUUCAAGUUCGUCUUGCCAAUGGAUUAAAUGAUGCUGAAGGCAGAGUAGAGGUACUUUACGAUGGAUCAUGGGGAGCUAUCUGUGAUUCAUGGUGGGAUCUGAGAGACGCGAGGGUGGUGUGCAGAAUGCUGGGGUUUGAUGGAGCCUUGGACGCACCGAGAUCUGCACGGUUUGGUCAGGGCUCUGGCCGUAUUCUACUGAAGUAUGUCAAUUGUGACGGAAAUGAAGACAAUCUAGUUGAUUGUGCUCAUGCAGAGAUAGGACGUUACUCAUGCAGUCAUACAAGGGAAGCAGGAGCCAUUUGCUACUCAGGAAAUCCAUUUCAUGUUCGUCUUACCAAUGGAACCACCGCUUCAGAAGGCAGGGUGAAAGUCUUGUAUAUGGGAAGCUGGGGAACUAUUUGUGAUGAUAACUGGGAUCUAAGAGACGCAAGAGUAGUUUGUAAAAUGCUUGGAUUUGACGGAGCUUUAGCCGCACCUGGUAGUGCUAGGUUUGGUGCGGGCAGUGGGAAAAUCUUGUUGGAUGACGUUGGAUGCAAGGGCACAGAAGACACCCUUGCUGAGUGCUACCAUCAAGGGCUUGGAGUCAACAGCUGUGAACAUGACAAUGAUGCUGGUGUCAUUUGUUUUACAGGAGAACCAUUUUUAGUUCAGCUCGUUAAUGGAUCUAACGACCUUGAAGGACGAGUGGAGGUGAUGUAUGAUGGUUCUUGGGGAACCGUUUGUGAUCAUGAGUGGGAUCUGAGAGAUGCGAGGGUCGUAUGUAAAAUGCUGGGGUUUGAUGGAGCCUUAGCUGCCCCAGGUUCUGCUACAUUUGGCCAAGACGUAUUCAAGGUUCGUCUCAUCGGUGGAGCCAAUAAUUCAGAGGGUAGAUUAGAGAUUAUGUACGAAGGGUCUUGGGGAACUGUCUGUGACAAUGGUUGGAAUCUGAACGAUGCAACAGUUGUUUGCAGAAUGUUGGGGUUUGAUGGAGCUUUGGCAGCAACACUUUCUGCACAGUUUGUACGUCUGAUUGGAGGAGCUAAUGUCGCUGAAGGCAGAGUAGAGAUUCUACACGAUGGCUCAUGGGGAACUGUCUGCGACGAUUCCUGGGAUCUCAAGGACGCAGAGGUUGUGUGCAGAAUGUUAGGCUUUGAUGGAGCUUUGGACGCUCCACUUGGUGCUCGAUUCGGUAAAGGAUCUGGGAGCAUCUUUCUCGAUGAAGUUCAGUGCCAGGGGACAGAAAUUGACGUUGAACGUUGCGAUCAUGACGGCAUUGGUGUACACAACUGCGCUCACAACGAAGAUGCCAGCGAUCUGAAUGCUCCUCCAAAACUCCCAGAACGACGUUUAACGAGAUUGAGUAAAAAUAAGCUACUUGAGGACGAAGGGGAGCUAUCUGUUCCAAAGAACCCACAAUGUGAAAGCACCCACGACGAUAUUGAAACGAUAUUUACAAGCAAGACUGCCUUAUUAGCCAAGGAUGGAAGCACUGAUGCUAUGAGCCUUAGUCUUGGUCACCUUGAUCUGUCUAUGGACUAUGCCACAGUCAAUGAGCAAGUUACAGACGUCACUGCUGAACAGAAUAUGGUAUUGAAUGGUUGA